UUCCAGCGACACCGACUUGCUGAGGUUGAACUGAACAACAGCAACCCACAACCCUUAGCCAUGCCUUCGCAUUAUUCACAUCACCGUCGGUUUGAUUCCGAACGAGAUGCUUGGCAGCCCUCUACACACUUCACGCUCGUUUACCAACACAGACAAGUGUCGCACUCGCCUGAUCGCACUGCAUCCAUGAUUCAAUCCUACGACUAUCAUCAUUCCCCAACAGCAUAUAAGCCACCCAGAUCCCCAACAGCGAGCGGAAUUGUUUCAUACUCCAGCGAAUCGACGCGAGCGGCAUUCUAUGAAGAUUGGGAGAAACCUUUGGAGCGGAGUUCCUAUUCUGGACGAAAAGCAAGUUUCGGCAUCUACCAUGAGCCAGAGCGUAAAUAUCGUGCAGAACGGGAUAAACAUAGGCAAAUGAUGAUUGAUGAUAGUGCGUACAUGCUUCAUGAGAGAUACCCCAAUGAGGCGGUAACCAGGUGGACUGAAACCAAAAGGUUGAUUGUGGACACGGAAGUGAUGGGAAAUACAAGGCGUUACCAGGAUCAGACAUUCCGCCGAUUGUUAUUAGAAGACAGUUGGAAAGGACGGGGCAGGUUCAGAGACAGGUCCAACAUUGCUGUGUGAUCUUGGACCUUCCUAUGUGGCGACUCUAUAUUGGUACAUGGGAAACUGUGUUUCCGAGUAGUACCAUCAAUUAU